AUGCUACUGAGACUUGUUCUUAUUUUACAGGUACCUUCUCACAUUUUAAUGGGCAUUCCUCAUGGUGGAGAGAUUUUGUCUCUGUCGCCUCUUGGUGAAGCAUGCCUUAGAAAGGACUUAACUGCCAUACAUGAGAUUUUGGAAAAACUUGGCUACAAAGAUGACGAGGGAGCCACAACUGAGGUCUGUUUCUUGUUUUGUGUUACUCAAGAAGUUCCAUUGCAGGCUAAUACAAAUUUAAAGAUCUUUUAUUUGAUGUGGACGAAUCAAAUGCAAGAUACACCGAGCUCUAAGAAGAAGGGAGAUGCUGCUUUCCGGCAUAAAGAUUUUAGAGUGGCCAUUGAUUGCUAUACACAG